GUAUAUCAUGUGGUUUUGUUGGACGAACAGUUCUUUGCGAGACAUGCAAGGCAGUGCCUUGCCAGUUUUGGAUGUCCAUGAGGAAUGAUGAGGAUUUAUAGGCCUAACACUAUAUAUUUUUAACGGCCUCCUCAUAGUCCCACCUCCGUCAUCCGGCCCUUCGUCGGGGAUCAAGAUUUUGGUCACAGCCAGUAACGCGCGAGCACGCCCGCGUUGGGGCGUUUGGUGCCGCCAUGACAGAACGAAUCGCACCUUUGGCGUCAGCGAGAGCGUUUCCCUGUUUGACCAGGUGUGGGGAAAGGAAGAUGAAAGGAUGAAAGAGGUCCUCACCAGCUUGAUGAACAGUUUUUUUGGGGGUGCCAAAUCAGCAAGAGGAGAGAAAUGGAGAGAAGCAUAGAGAAGCCACAAGACAUGAUUUCAUCGCGUUCGUUGCAGGACAUGAUUAUAGGAUAUUAUAGGUGAGCUUUUUGGCCAGGUUUUGCACCCCCCCCUCACCCCCACCUCCCAGACAGCAUACCUCAGGUCAAGGCCCCAGCAGAAAUCGCCGUAUCCAUCUUCAGGAAGAUCUGCCCAUGACCUCUUCCGAGCACCUCAACAUUGAGCUCGACUCGGACGGAUUCCUGGAGUUUGUCUCGGAGGAGGCCGAGGAUGCGAGGAGCGACCUCAGUAGCUGGAACCUCGUGACCAGCGACCUCGGAGGUGAAGACUGGUUCCCCGUGGGCGACGACGACGAGAGUCCGGCGUCGACCGGCUUGUCUGGCGGCGGAACGCCCACGGCGCAGUUCCUGCGCGGUGAGGGCGAAGGCGACGAGGGCGACGAGGCUCUGAUUUCGGUGGAAGGCGGACUGAAGGAGGUGGAGGUGAUUCCAGCACCAGAAAAGACCUUGAAGACUUUGGUAGGUCCCCUGACGAUCGACGGCGUGGACUUCUCGGCGGUGAGCUUCCUGCUGGGCGAGUGGGUGGAUUCCCUGGGACACUGCGUAUCGGUGGUCGCCCGCGACGAGCAGAGCGCGAAAGCACGGAUCAGUUGGGAUCACAAGAAUCAGAAGAAGACGAAGCUUUGGAAGACCUUUCUGAAGAUCUAUCGUGAGGAGGGACGUUGGAUCUGCGGGAACGGUCGGUUGCUCUCGGCCGACGUGGGGCGCGUUCAGUGGCAACGCGAGGACGGCCGCUGCACAGAAUGGAUCCGCACUCUUCCAGCCUCCAGGGCCUUCUUAUCGGCCUACGUGAGGCCCUGCGCGCAGUAGUCACCGGCAUGCGGCACGAUCGACGGCCAGAAUCGUCGGCGCGCUCGCAGCCGGCCAGUUCUCGAAAAACGAUCAGAUCCGCGUGACAGGACAUGACUCUCAGGACCUCCUAAGUUCACAA